ACUUUCUUAUCGCACGAGGAUGGUAGGCGCGCGCACAUGUACAUCUGGCGCGCUAUAUUUACGUGCAGUUGAAUGGACAGUUGGACCACAUAUUUUGAUAGACAGUGACUACGUGCGCUACAUGUUUUCAAUUACCAAGAAAAAGAGGUCGGUCCAAAAACCAUGUCAAGUAUGCAAAUUGUUUCUCAGAAAGUAGAACAACGAGACUGACGCAUUGUGAAGAGAGAUGUUUUCCUCGCAGAGGCAUUUAGACGCCAGAACUCCCGCCGACGGGGUGGGACGAUUGGCAUUUUUGCAACAGCUUGUGACGGAAUUCCAAACUUCGACUGAUGACGGAGCUAAGGAACAAGUGCUAGCUAACUUAGCCAACUUUGCAUAUGAUCCCAUCAACUACAACUAUCUUCGAGAACUAAAUGUUAUUGAUUUGUUUCUAGAUAUGUUGACAGAGUCGAGUGAAAAACUUGUGGAAUUUGGUAUUGGUGGCAUCUGCAAUCUCGCUCUUGAUAGAAGCAAUAAGGACUAUAUUAUCAGCUGUGGUGGAGUGAAGCUCAUCAUCGAUGUACUGUCAAGGCCAGAGGAGGAAACCGUCUUGUCAGCAAUCACUGCGUUGAUGUUCCUCACGACACCCCAAUCCAAGACAGAGAUCACAGCGCCCUCUGUUGUCGAGUGCAUGCACCGAUUCGCCCAGUCCACCAGUCGGAGAUUGAGCAACCUUGCCAGCGUCUUUCUGCAGGAUUACUGUACUGAUGCACAGAGGCAGCAAGCAGCGGAAUCUAGCGGGUGUGGAGAUUCCCACAUUGUUGGUAUCCCACUUCCAAGUUCUGAUAAUCCCUCAUCAGCUGAUGCAUGACAGGAUGCGCGGAAUUUGGAGUCGAUCGAUCAUCUGUGACGUACAAGAAUUUUUGGCAUUAUGAGUCCAGGGCAGAUUGAAACCCCUCGAGCAGAGAAAAUAAUUAGGACAUAUUUACUUACUCUUUAAUAAUGAUAAGUUGGGAGGGUAAUCAUCCUUACUGGCAGCUGAGAAGCUGAAUUGCGAAGGACGCGGCUACAACGUGGUCGAGCCGCUGGCACGUAAAGGCGCCUGGGCAGCCAGCCACAUCGACCCAUAUAUGACCACAGAGCACAGCCAGAGAUCGAAAGUCUUCGAUUUUUCCAGAGGGAGGUAAACUGGAGAGCCCG